CGCCAUGGACCCCCACCCGUCUCCGGACCCCCGCCCCCUCUUCCGCGCCCUCUCGUCCCUGGCCGCCGACAACGCCGCCUUCUUCCUCAACACGGGCACCGCCGUCGGCCGCCGCUUCGCCGCCGCCUGCCACCUCCUCCGCCACCACGGAGGCCGCCUGGAGCCGGCCCUCCGCCACCUGCAACGCCUGCAGCACCGCUUCGACCUGGACCCUUCCACCCCGGGCAACGGUUACCGCAGUUUGGUGGCCGCCACCCGGCGCUGCGUGGCCCACGCGGUGGCCAAGUGCCGCUACGUGGCCGCCCGGCGUCAGAGCGUCUUCUUCCGCCCGGCUCACAACGCCGCCGAGCUCGAGGCCUACGGGGCGGCCCUGGGGCAGCUGCGGGCGUUGCUGUGUUUGGCGCAGGGGGUGCUGGCCGCCAGCCCCCAGGGGGCGCUGUUCGCGGCCGAGGAAUCCGGGCUGGGGGAGGCGGUGCUGCAGGAGUACAGCACCAUGCACUGCGGGUGCUUCUACGGGAGGUGCCUCGGGUUCCAGUUUGUCCCGUCGAUGCGCCCGCUGCUGCAGACCAUCGCCAUCGGCCUGGUGUCCUACGGGGACGUGUACCGCAGCGGGGACGUGGGGCUGGGCGCGGCGGCGGGCUCGCUGUUCUCGGGGGGGAAAUACGCCCUGGACCCGGAGCUGCGGGGGGAGGAGUUUGAGCGGCUGACGCAGCACCUGGACGUGGGAUUCUGGAAGAGCUUCUGGAACCUGACCGAGAGCCAGCUCCUGGCCGUGAGAAAAACCGCCCAAAAUUCACCAAAAUCCGCUGAAUUUCACCCAAAAUCCAGCCCUGAAUCCGUGGGGGAAUAGUGCCCCAAAUGGACCCCAAAUGAACCCAAAUUGAGCCCAGAAUGAGCCCAAAAUUGAGCCCAGAAUGGGUCUGGAACCUGACCGAGAGCAGCUCCUGGCUGUGAGAAAACCGCCCCAAAUUCACCAAAAUCCGCUGAAUUUCACCCAAAAUCCAGCCCUGAAUCCGUGGGAGAAUGGUGCCCAAAAUGGACCCAAAUGGCCCCAAAAUGAGCCCAAAAUUGAGCCCAGAAUGGGUCUGGAACCUGACCGAGAGCAGCUCCUGGCUGUGAGAAAAACCACCCAAAAUUGCCCAAAAUCGGCUGAAUUUCACCCAAAAUCCAGCCCUGAAUCCGUGGGAGAAUGGUGCCCCAAAUGGACCCAAAAUGAGCCCAAAUUAACCCCAAAAUGAGCCCAGAAUGAGCCCAAAAUUGAGCCCAGAAUGGGUCUGGAACCUGACCGAGAGCAGCUCCUGGCUGUGAGAAAACCGCCCAAAAUUCACCAAAAUCCGCUGAAUUUCACCCAAAAUCCAGCCCUGAAUCCGUGGGAGAAUAGUGCCCCAAAUGGACCCAAAUGGCCCCAAAAUGAGCCCAAAAUUGAGCCCAGAAUGAGCCCCAAAAUUGAGCCCCGAAUGGGUCUGGAACCUGACCGAGAGCAGCUCCUGGCCGGGAGAGAACCGCCCCAAAUUCACCAAAAUCGGCUGAAUUUCACCCAAAAUCCAGCCCUGAAUCCGUGGGAGAAUGGUGCCCCAAAUGAGCCCCGAAAGAGCCCAAAUUAAGCCCAAAAUGAGCCCAAAAUUGAGCCCGGAAUGGGUCUGGAACCUGACCGAGAGCAGCUCCUGGCCGGGAGAAAAAUGCCCCAAAUUGCCCAAAAUUGGCUGAAUUUCACCCAAAAUCCAGCCCUGAAUCCGUGGGGGAAUGGUGCCCAAAAUGAGCCCAGAAUGAGCCCAAAUUAAGCCCAAAAUUGAGCCCAGAAUGGGUCUGGAACCUGAGAGAGAGCAGCUCCUGGCUGUGAGAAUAACGCCCAAAAUUCACCAAAAUUGGCUGAAUUUCACCCAAAAUCCAGCCCUGAAUCCGUGGGAGAAUGGUGCCCAAAAUGAGCCCAGAAUGAGCCCAAAUUAACCCCAAAAUUGAGCCCCAAAUGGGUCUGGAACCUGACCAAGAGCCAGCUCCUGGCUGUGAGAAAACCGCCCAAAAUUGCCCAAAAUCCGCUGAAUUUCACCCAAAAUCCAGCCCUGAAUCCGUGGGAGAAUAGUGCCCAAAAUGGACCCAAAUGGCCCCAAAAUGAGCCCCAAAAUUGAGCCCAGAAUGGGUCUGGAACCUGACCGAGAGCCAGCUCCUGGCCAGGAGAAAACCACCCCAAAUUGCCCAAAAUCAGCU